CUAGCUUAAUGAAAACACGGAACAUAAUUCCUAUGUGGCGCCGACUUUUUGCUUAUGUGGCAGCGAAAAGUAAUGGCAUUCCUGUAAAUAUGUUUUUUCUCAUAACGUAAAAGAAGGCAUGCUUGGUAUUUAAAAAAUGCCAGUAAUAAAAAAAAGAUUUGUAUGGUUCUUGUCAAUUGUCCUAAAAUUUUGUAUAUUUAAGUAAACUUCCCUUUUUAAUGUAUAUAUAACUAAGUACUUCAAUAUGCUAAAAAUAUUCCAGAUUAUUCACAAGGGUGGCUUUACACUAAGCAAGUUUCUAUGCGCAAUCCAAGAUUGAAAAGAAAUGUAAAUUGAAAAUUUUACUUAAACUCAAGAUCAUAUCAUCUAUAAUCCAUAAUGGGCCACUUUACUACUUACAACAUCUGGUUGAGAGCCAAGGGAACAAAGCACAUACAUGUAAACUAACUGACACGUUAACUAUUCAAGUUAGGUCAUCCUUCUAAUCGAAUAGUUUGAUUAGACUGACAUAGCUAGAUUAGACUCCUGAAGAUAAAUCUUCCUGAACUCAGAGAGAAUCUCAUCAUCAUCAUCAUCCAGAAGAUCUUACGACUUGACAACACUCCAAAGUAAAUCUAGCAUUGAAAAACUCCCCCCAUCACGCCAGAACCAAAACCCUAAUCUUUAUCCUUUGCUAUAAACACUUCUCAGUUUUUUGGCUCUGGUGGCAUCUGCUUCUUUUCUUUACCCCCCAAGUAAGUUUCUCCAUUACCUUUUUCUAAUACGUCUGCUUCUUUGGGUUCGUGUUUGAUUCUUAGCUAAAACUCAUUUCCUUUGUUCAGGGUGUGUAACUGGUGAUUCUAUACAACAAUGAUGAAUCUUGAUUUUGAUGAUUCCAUCAGUAUGCAUCCUGGUGUGAGAAGACAAGAACGGGACAAGAUUCGAAGACGUUUUAUAAGACUUGUCGAUAGUAAACUGGCUUUACACAGGAAUGCUCCUUUAAACAGACUCUCCAUCAAGUGCAAAGAUGACGUUGGCCCAGCUCCUGUCAUUCGUUGGAUAAGCAAAGUUCUGAACCGUCAUGUUACAGAACUUGUUCUAAACAUCUCUUCUCAUUGGUCUUGGCCUCUGUCUUCCGAGGUUGAUUCGAGUGAAACAAUGUGUCAGGAGUUUUGGGAAUCUUGCUCCGUAUCUAGCAUUACCCUCAAGAGACUAACGUUUCGCUUUAAGCAAAUGGUUUAUGAUAAUCCAAAGAGUGUAUCGUUUGAUACUCCAAAUCUUGUCUACUUUGAGUAUUCUGAUGCUAUCGCAGAUACCUAUCCAAACGUGAAUUUUCCUUUACUUGUUGAAACUAGUCUCGAUCUGCGAAUGACUCAUGAACAAAUCGGUCAGGCUAAACUUUCAGAGGAUGAUAUAGCUAAAGAAAAAGAGGGAACUAUGGUUGGGAAUGCAACGGUUCUUCUUAUGGGAAUAUGCAAUGUUAAGAAGCUUUACUUAUCUGACAACACUCUUGAGGUUCUUGCUUUCUGCUGCAAACCAAUGCCGGUUUACAACAACCUGGUUCAUCUAACUAUCAAGACUCACCGAGAUGUAGAAUGGGAAUCACUGACCGCACUUCUCAAGAACUGUCAAAAUCUUGAAACUCUUGUCUUCGAAGGACUUCUCCAUAGAUAUGGAAUGAAUUGUAGAAGUUGCGAGUGCUUAUGCAAACCGUGGGAGGAGGAGGACGUUCCUACUUGCUUAUCAUCAAGUCCUGUGAAGGUCCUUGAGAUAUUGAAGUUUGGAGAUAUCUGUGAAGACGAGGACAUGGAUAAAAUGAUGGAGCAAGUUGAGUACUUCCUUGAGACGAUGCCAAAUCUUGAACAACUCAUAAUACACUAUGAGACGUCUAUUGAUGAAGAUGUGGAGGAAGUUUUAAGCCAGUUUCAGAUGGUUUCUAGAGAAGGAUUAAGCAAGUGUAAGAUUCAAGUCAUCUCUGAUAACCUCAACUUGUCUUCAUCUACUUAAGCAUCUUCUUGGUUUCUUAAGUUGGUAUUGGAUUCACUCAUGCUUCUUUCUCCCGUUUCAAAGCCAUGAGUGUGUCUCGGCUUUAUAUUUGUAAUAGCAUCUAAUGACUUGUUUUGUUUAUGGUCUUGAUGGUCAGACCACAACUCAAUGUUUUAAUCUUUCAGUUAAUGUAUUAAGUUUUAGUUCGUC